AUGUCCCCUCCGUGGCGCGUCAUGCUUUUGAGCGACGGGUCCGUGACGCGGCACUUGCAGAUCCUCUCCGGGCUCGACAUCGAGGUCGACUGCCUGUCGAUGCGCCGUCUGAGCGACGCCGAGCUCGCCGAGGCCCACGACCGCCUGCCUGACGUCAGCCUCAUCGACGGACCCGUCGUCGAACGCCAGGUCGUCCUGCGGCGCACGUGCCGCUCGAAACAGGCCCUCGUGUACGCCGCGUCGUGGUGGAACGCCGACAAAGUCGACACCUACUUGCGCGACAGGAGCAAACCGAUAUGGGCGAGCCUGAGCGAGGAGCGGCUGGAGCUGCACCGCCAGCUGUGCGAGGUGCGGUACGGCCGCAGCCCGGAGCUCGAGGCCGCGGAGCUGCUCGGGCACCCCGGGCCGUUCUGGGCGCGGCAUUAUGUGUUCUACCACGACGGGGCGCCGCUGACGGUGAUCUACGAGGUGUUCUCCACGGCGCUCGCGGACUACCUCGGGCCUGUGUUCGCCGGGGACGGCCGGGGCGGAGGCGGCGGUGUGUGA